UCUUUUCAAGCGUCGUUUCUGCCAUGGCCAGCAAUCACAAGUUGGUCUGCGCCCGAGCAGCGCGGCAACAGUUUGGUGGGGCCUUCCAACAAGCUGUGAGAGAUUAUCGCUGGGCUAAGCUGGCAGCAGCUACCUUGAAAGGGUUGGACGCUUAUCUUCCGGACGGCUUGUCCUUCCUACCACUCUCCUACCUCUAUGAUGAUGAAGUGGCGCGCUUUGCCUGGGAAGGGGCAGUGAUGAAGGAGAAUCAGGAUGCCAGCACGCGGCCCAGCAGUUUCCGAGUCUUGGCACGCACUCGGCCUCUGCAGCUCUCAGAGGUGGACGAAAAGCUCUAUGAAUCGCUGAGCUCCGAGGGAGGAAAUCACUCCAUCAUCGUGCAUGAUGGCCGAGUGCAUCGUGAUGGAAGAACCAUCUACACCAACCAUUCCAGGUUCUGUCUGGAUGGCGUCUUUCCGCAAGAUGCGAGCAAUCUGCAAGUGUAUCAGGAAGCGGCGCAGCCUCUACUGCGAUCGGCUCUGCAAGGUGAACGCUCCACGCUGAUCUUCUUCGGCCAGACGGGCACCGGGAAGACUUACACUGCACGAGGAGUGCUGGAGGUCAUGACAGAAGAAAUCUUCCAAAACACGCAGGAGGUGACGUUGUGCUGCUACGAGAUGGCCGGGACGCGCGGUGGCCGCGAGGCCUUCUUCGACCUGCUGGCGGAUCGGGCGCAGGUGAAGUGUCUCACGGGGGAGGAUGGGAACGUGCACGUGCGCGGGGCCAAGCAGGUUUUGUGCCGCAGUGCCCAAGACCUGGAGGAGGCCAUGGCCAAGGCCUUCGAAUGGCGGUCCUCGGAGUGCACCGAACGCAACGAGGCAUCUUCCAGGUCGCACUGCAUCUUGGAGUUGCACUUUCCUUCCGGUUCCCUCGGUUCCGUCCCGGGGCUGCUGCGCAUUGUGGACCUGGCCGGCUCGGAGAGGAAUUUCGAGACGCAGAUGCACAGCAGAUCCAUGGCGGAACGCGGGGGGUUGAUCAACUACUCCCUGCUGAUGUUGAAGGAGUGCGCCAGGGUGAUGCACAAGCAGAUGAAGCAACUGGGCGAAAAGACGGAGGAUCUGCACGUGCCCUUCCGCCGCUCCAGGCUGACCCACCUACUGCGAAGCUCCUUUACAGAUCCAUCACACCAGACCACGGUGGUGGCGACCCUGUCUCCCUCACCCACUGAUGUGGAACACUCACUAAACACCUUGCAGCACGUUGGGAUGAUGCGCUCAGCCCGCGCCUGGGAGGAUAACACGGUGAACGCGACGACCGUGGCUGAAGGUGAGACGAGUGGCGCGGCUGGCGGCUUCGACGUCGUGCAGGGACGUGGUAGGGCCUUGCACUCCAAGUUACAGGAUGCGCGCAAGGGGCAGCUGAACUUACACGCCUUUCAGAUGAAGACGCAGGUGGGGGGCAGCAUCAUCAAGAAAUACGAAGGCGACAGCGCCAAGCUGGAAACCUUCAUUGAUGCCCGAUGGCAUCGCGAAUUGAAGGUGAAGGUGCAAGAGGACCUUUGGGUGCUGCGCGACGCGGAUAUGGAGGCGACUCAGGUGCUCACCAGCUGGCGCCAAGAGCAGUGGACAGCCUCCAAGGCGCACGACCUCCACCGUUGGGACGCCAAGAUGCUGCAGAACUUCCUGAAGUCCUUGGAGCUGCCAGGUGAGGUGCGGAUUCCCUCCACCAUGACGGGUGCCCAGCUGAAACGCCUGGGCCCUCGGGGUCUGGUGGCGCUCUGCAGCGACGCCGCCACAGCCGACGCCCUGCAACUGGCGCUGCACGGCGAGCGGCAGCGCGACGCGUUGGCGGCGGCGGCGCAUCGCAGCCGCAACGCGCGGAUGACGGCGUUGGGGAACCAUAAGGUCCACGCAGCGGUAGAGGAGCCCUCGGACUUUGUGGACGUGGACUUCGUCGUUGGAGAAGCAGCAUCCGCUGCACCGUAGUUGCGGUGUAGUUGUUCGAUUGCAUCGCCGUUGAAUCUGUGCACGAGGUCUCCGAAAAAGUACAAAAAAACACGAAUGAAUGAUAGGAAUCCUGAAUUGAGAGCCAAGCCAGAAUGAAUACAAUGAAAUAUUGAAUCAGAUUGAGUGCAAAUGCAAAUUGACACAAGUUUUACUUGACUCGCUUCAGUCAUAUAGCAGCCCCUCGUCUUAAUGGCUGCCGGUGUUUUUCUGCGUGUACAUACCACUGAAAGCAUAUCUGCUCCCAAUGAGGAUGACGAUUUUGGAUUGAUAACUAUGCCAUGCAAUGUAAU